UUUAGGUCGCUGCUACACAUAUGUGGGCGUUUAUCGAAACAGAAACAUGGCAGUCAUACCGGUAUCUUCCAUUUACCCUUCUGCUCAAGAACACAUCCCAAUGUGUAUAAAACACGAUUUGAAUAUAGACAUAACAUGUGAGGACUGUGAUGAGUUUAUUUGUUCGCAGUGUGCCAAAACAGACCACAAGGACCAUGACUGGAAAACUAUACCAACAGCAGGCAGUCAAAGGAGAAGAGAGCUAAAGAAAACUCUGAGUAAGGUUAAGGAGGAAGAUAUUGCAGAGAUUGAUGAGAAAAUAAAGAAGGCAUCCAAACAAAGAGAGGGCAACAAAAAAUGUUGCGAUUCUGAGGUCUCUAAACUUCAGAAACAUUAUGAUGUGAUUGUGUCAAAACUUGAUGAAAUCAAGAAGAAUUUGGAGACUAAACUGGUGGAAGAUCUGGAAAGAAAAAAUGCUGAAGUGAGUAAGAAAAAACUAGAUUUAGAAAAGAAAAGAGACAAUAUCAAGGAACUUGUGGAAUUCUUGGAAGACAAACACGGUACCAUGUCUGACUAUAGUUUGAUAGACAACCUCAGAGACUUGACCAACCUCGUGUCAAACACAGACAGUGAUAUAGAGAGGGGGGGUCAUUCGGUCAGAUACAGAGGAGGGGACAUCAGUGAGGGGUCACUGGACUCCAUAAUGGGACAAACGUUUGAUUUGGAUGAUAUCAGUGUUACCGAGACAGAUUCAUUUCAAUAUGGACAUACAUGUUUACAUGUGUUGGAGGCAAUCGAUAAAGAUAUAUGUUUGGUGAGAGCUCAUAUGUCAAAAUGCUUUCACCGAAUGAAAAAAAGAAAUAAGAAAAUAGAAAAAUCCAAUAUCUGUGGAAAUGAGGUAUGUGUAACAGACAAAGGUGAUGUGUAUGUCACUGAUAACACUAACCUCGCCAUUGUCCGUCUGUCCCCGUCAGGCGCAUCCUCUACAGUAUUCAAUACAGCUCCACUAGUACCAUUUGGAAUCUGUCAAUCAACAGAGGGAGGACUGCUGGUCACAUUGGUAGAUGAUUGUACAAAAGAAUUUCAUCCGGACUCAAAGAAUAGAUGUCUGGUCAUACACGUGACACUGACCGGUGACGUCAUCCGUGAGUACGAGUACCAGGGGGACGGUCAGACCAGGCUGUUUACUAUACCACUCAGAGUCAGACAGAACGGUAACAGUGACAUUUGCGUGGUAAACACGACAAAUCAAUCUUUAACUGGUGAACUGGUGAUCCUAUCCUCCUUUGGAUUUCUAAAGUCUGUCUACCUUGGACAGAAUCUGAACUUUAAUCCAACUGAUGUAGUUUGUGCCUCAGACUGCAACAUCAUUGUUACUGACUUUGAUGAGGGUAAGAUACAUCUGCUGAGUCCUGAUGGGGAGUUCAUGAAGUACCUGCUGACAGAGAAUGAAGUAACAGAUCCAUAUUCCAUGUCUCUAUAUAAAUCCACACUGUGGGUAGGGGACUACCAAGGACUCAUCAAAGUGUUUCAGUUCAAUAACACUUAAAAUCACGUAAUACUUGUUUUAUGUUGAUCUCAAAAUUCAAAUGCUUUUCAAGAAACAAAUACAUUUAUACGCUUUGUGUAACUAAUUCAGUAAUAUAUAUCACACAUAUUUUUAAUGAUAGUGUAAAUUUUGCAAAAACAAUUAUUGUAUUUGAGGUUGUCACUGUAAGGAAAGAAUCAAUCAGAAAUGUGGUUAAUUCACACAAUGUACAUGUAUGUAUAAUAACCCUGGUUGGCAAUGCUAAACUUCAAAUGGA